AUCAACUACAAAUGAUCGAUAAAUCGCAUUUAUCGCGAUCAACAGUAAUUCUUUACAUCAACGCUGAUACCAAUAUAUGGUUCAAUGUUCAACCGAAUAGCACCAACUCUAUAACGAUGUAUCAUUUGGAUCUAGAUUGCGUGACAAAAUACGCAAAGGAAAGUGAAGAAUCAAUGAAAUGUAGAAAUGAAAAUUAUAUUAAGAAAACUGUUGUCAUGAAUAAGCCGACGGAACCAUCCCUUCCAAUUACAACAGAAUCAAAUAUCUCAUCUAAGGGAACAGAAUCAACAAUUUCUCCAAUCGUUGUUACAGAAACAUCUUUUCCAUAUGCUGCAACGGAAUCAACAAUCGCUUCAUUCUAUGUAACAAAAUCAACGCCUAUUCCAUCCAGUACAACUGCUCCAUUUAGUGCAAUUACUGUUCCAUCUAAUGCGUCGGAAUUGGAAUCAACAAUUUCUUCAUUCAUUGUUUCAAAAUCGACAGCUGUACCGUCAAUUGCGACAAUCUAUGCAACUGACACGGAAUCAACAGCUAUUCCGAAUAGUGCAUCUAAAUCAACAACUGUUACAUCUAAUAUAACAGCGCAAAUUGAUUCAUCAACAGUUGUUCCAUCCGGUGAAAUAAAAUGGACGACUACUCCACUCACUUUCACGCCUACGACUGUUCCAUCUAGUGUAACGGAACAAAAAAUCGAUGCAUCAACUGUAACUAAAUCAACGGCUGUUCCAUCCGGUGAAAUAAAAUGGACGACAGCUCCACACAUUUUCACGCCUACGACUGUUCCAUCUAGUGUAACGGAACAAAAAAUCGAUGCAUCAACUGUAACUAAGUCAACGGCUGUUCCAUCCGGUGAAAUAAAAUGGACGACAGCUCCACACAUUUUCACGCCUACGACUGUUCCAUCUAGUGUAACGGAACAAAAAAUCGAUGCAUCAACUGUAACUAAAUCAACGGCUGUUCCAUCCGGUGAAAUAAAAUGGACGACAGCUCCACACAUUUUCACGCCUACGACUGUUCCAUCUAGUGUAACGGAACAAAAAAUCGAUGCAUCAACUGUAACUAAGUCAACGGCUGUUCCAUCCGGUGAAAUAAAAUGGACGACAGCUCCACACAUUUUCACGCCUACGACUGUUCCAUCUAGUGUAACGGAACAAAAAAUCGAUGCAUCAACUGUAACUAAGUCAACGGCUGUUCCAUCCGGUGAAAUAAAAUGGACGACAGCUCCACACAUUUUCACGCCUACGACUGUUCCAUCUAGUGUAACGGAACAAAAAAUCGAUGUAUCAACUGUAAGUAAAUCAACGGCUGUUCCAUCCGGUGAAAUAAAAUGGACGACAGCUCCACACAUUUUCACGCCUACGACUGUUCCAUCUAGUGUAACGGAACAAAAAAUCGAUGCAUCAACUGUAACUAUGUCAACGGCUGUUCCAUCCGGUGAAAUAAAAUGGACGACAGCUCCACACAUUUUCACGCCUACGACUGUUCCAUCUAGUGUAACGGAACAAAAAAUCGAUGUAUCAACUGUAAGUAAAUCAACAGCUGUUCCAUCCGGUGAAAUAAAAUGGACGACAGCUCCACACAUUUUCACGCCUACGACUGUUCCAUCUAGUGUAACGGAACAAAAAAUCGAUGUAUCAACUGUAAGUAAAUCAACAGCUGUUCCAUCCGGUGAAAUAAAAUGGACGACAGCUCCACACAUUUUUACGCCUACGACUGUUCCAUCUAGUGUAACGGAACAAAAAAUCGAUUCAUCAACAGUUGGCCCAUCCGGUGGAAUAAAAUGGACUACAGCUCCACUUACUUUCAGGCCUACAACUGCUCCAUCUAGUGUGACGGAAUUCGUUAUGAAUCCCUUCACUCCGACAAAGUCAGCAGAAUGGUCCAGGUAUCCAAGCGGGUCGAAGUAUAUGAUGUACACUUUAAUGAGACCGUACAUGAAGUACCAGCCGAACGUAUUAUUCACUGUAUUGAAUGGACUGUGGACAAAUUACGCACCGUUCUUUAAUAUGCUAUUUAAAAUGUACAAAUCGUAUAAAAUUAUCACUCCAGAACAAACAUGGAAGUUACAUGGUAUCUACAAUCUCUACGCAUCCCAGAUAUGUGAUCAAUUAAACUAUUAUAUGACGCUACCCAUGGGACUAUCGUCUCCUGAUGCGAAGCAAUGGUUAAAACAAAACUUUAGAGGAGAUAACUCGCAAUCGAUGGUGUUACAACAAUGUUUACCUUAUAUCCACCAAAAGCAAUACAUGAAUUCCCAACGUUAUAAAAUAUACAACAUUUAUACCAAAGGGUUAGGUGAUUACACUCCUUUUAUGAAUUUGUUAAAUAAUAAAAUGAUCCAAUGGAAUAACUUCGAGACGGUCAAUGAAAUGUUUGGAAUCAACCAAAUAGAAAAUCAAGGAAAAAACCUUUACGUGAAUGGACCCAACAAAUUCAAACCAAGGAAAAAAGAAGAAUCAAACUCACAAACACCGUUCUUUUGGAAUCCAGAUAUCUACGCUUCUUACCCCGGCUUUCCCAAUAUUAGAUCAACUAAAUUAAAUGUAUCUGCUGUUAACGAAAUUAUGGAUCCCACGACGCCAAUCGUUCCAUAUUCCAAAGGUAUAUCUUGCAGCAGGAUUUUAUCUUUGUUAGGUUUGAUAAAUUCGUGCUUAUGCAAAAAAGAUGGAAAUAUAUGAUUAAAUUUAACAUAACCUCACUGUUCACAUUAUAUAAAAUUUGUUAUUACAGUAUGUGUACAUAUAUUAUAUAUAUUUAAUAUAGUUAUUAUCGAAAUAUGAUAA